AUGUUGGCCUCACGACAGCUCCUGGGCUCUGUUGCCCGGGGCCGCACCGCCGCCAGUGCCUGCCUAGGACUGCGUCGGAUGGCUACCGUUUCUGACUCUCCCCUUGAUCGCAAGCAGAGCCUGUUGCUGACUCGUCAAAAACAGGUCAAGCAGAACAUCCACGAGGAGGGCAACUUCAUCAACUACAAGAAGAUGUCUGAGAACCUUGCCGUUGUGCGCCAGCGUCUUAACCGCCCCCUCACUUACGCCGAGAAGAUUCUCUACUCCCAUCUCGACAACCCCCAUGAGCAAGAAAUUGAGCGUGGUGUGUCUUACCUAAAGCUUCGCCCUGACCGCGUUGCUUGCCAGGAUGCCACCGCCCAGAUGGCUAUCUUGCAGUUCAUGUCUGCUGGCAUGCCCUCUGUUGCUAACCCCACCACUGUCCACUGUGAUCACUUGAUCGAGGCCCAAGUCGGUGGUGAGAAGGAUCUUGCUCGUGCUGUCGGUAUCAACAAGGAGGUUUACGACUUCCUGUCCUCUGCCUGCGCCAAGUACAACAUCGGUUUCUGGAAGCCCGGUUCUGGUAUCAUCCACCAGAUUGUUCUUGAGAACUAUGCUUUCCCCGGUGGUCUGCUAAUUGGAACUGACUCUCACACUCCCAAUGCUGGUGGUCUCGGCAUGUGCGCCAUUGGUGUCGGUGGUGCUGAUGCUGUCGAUGUCAUGGCCAACCUCCCUUGGGAGCUGAAGGCCCCCAAGGUCAUUGGUGUUAAGCUCACUGGCGAGAUGUCUGGCUGGACUACUCCCAAGGAUAUCAUUCUCAAGGUGGCUGGUAUCUUGACUGUCAAGGGUGGUACCGGUGCCAUUGUUGAGUACCACGGUCCUGGUGUUGACCAAAUCUCCGCCACUGGUAUGGGUACCAUCUGCAACAUGGGUGCUGAGAUUGGUGCCACCACCUCCCUGUUUCCCUUCAACGGCCGCAUGCACGACUACCUUGCUGCUACCAAGCGUAAGGACAUCGGCGACUUUGCUAAGACCUACGCCAAGGAGCUCCGUGAGGACGAGGGCGCCGAAUAUGACCAGCUUAUCGAGAUCAACCUUUCCGAACUCGAGCCCCACAUCAACGGUCCCUUCACCCCCGAUCUGGCCACCCCUAUCUCCAAGUUCAGCGAGGCUGUCAAGGCUAACAACUGGCCUGAGGAGCUCAAGGUCGGUCUGAUCGGUUCCUGCACGAACUCUUCUUACGAGGACAUGUCUCGCGCCGCCUCCAUCGCUCGCGACGCCCUCGACCACGGCCUCAAGUCUAAGGCCAUUUUCACCAUCACCCCCGGCUCUGAGCAGAUUCGCGCCACCAUUGCCCGUGACGGUCAACUCCAGACCUUUGAGGAGUACGGUGGCAUUGUCCUUGCUAACGCCUGCGGUCCCUGCAUUGGUCAGUGGGAUCGCCAGGACGUUAAGAAGGGCACCCCCAACUCCAUCAUCUCUUCCUACAACCGUAACUUCACGGGCCGUAAUGACGGUAACCCUGCAACCCACUCUUUCGUCACCUCCCCCGAUCUGGUCGUCGCCAUGACUGUUGCCGGCAGUCUCCACUUCAACCCCCUCACCGACAAGCUUAAGGACAAGGACGGAAACGAGUUCAUGCUGAAGCCUCCCUCUGGUGACGGUCUCCCCGUUCACGGAUAUGACCCUGGCCAGAACACCUACCAGGCCCCUCCCGCCGACCGUGGCUCCGUCAACGUUCAGGUUUCUCCCACCUCUGACCGUCUCCAGCUUCUCUCCCCCUUCGAGCCCUGGGAUGGCAAGGAUGUCAAGGACAUUCCUAUCCUCAUCAAGGCCAAGGGCAAGACUACCACUGACCACAUUUCCAUGGCUGGUCCUUGGUUGAAGUACCGUGGCCACUUGGACAACAUUUCCAACAACAUGCUUAUCGGUGCCAUCAACGAGGCUAACGGUGAGGCCAACAAGGUCCUGAACUUCACCACUGGUGAGUGGGACGCCGUUCCUGCUGUUGCCCGUGACUACAAGGCCAAGGGCAUCAAGUGGGUCGUUAUUGGAGACUGGAACUACGGAGAGGGCUCUUCCCGUGAGCACGCUGCUCUUGAACCCCGUCACCUGGGUGGUCUUGCCAUCAUCACACGUUCCUUCGCUCGUAUCCACGAGACCAACUUGAAGAAGCAGGGUAUGCUUCCUCUCACCUUCUCUGACCCUGCCGACUACGACAAGAUCAGGCCUGAAGACAAGGUCGACAUCCUUGCUACUGAGCUCGAGGUCGGCAAGCCCUUGACCAUGGUUGUCCACCCCAAGGAUGGCAAGCCCUUCGAGGUUAAGCUUUCUCACACCUUCAACGCUCCCCAGAUUGAGUGGUUCAAGAACGGCAGUGCUCUGAACACCAUGGCCAAGGCCGCCGCCAAGUCAUAA